CGGGAAUGUAUGCUUAACCUGAGUCGAGGCCGACCUGCAUACGUAGUAGCGUCCUGUUGGUCGCGCUGACGGAGCGGACGUGCAUCAGAGAGUCUUGGUAGGCAGCAAGCAGGCAGGCAUCAGGAUUCACACGGCGCGGCCCAGAUUGAGUGGAAACACAGCUGUUCCUCCACUCCCUUCCUAUCUAGACAACGUCAAGUUUGGAUCGUCCCAAGAGUGCCCAGGACAUGCUUGCGUGUCGUCGACAAAGCGCCUUGCCACCGGAUCGGUCGAGUUGACUGACAUCAAACACAGAAGGUUUCGGGGGUUGGCAGAUGAGCGAUUCUUGACUAGCCCGCGCGCUGCUUUUCUCCCCGCGGCGCCUAAUUCCAGAUCUUAGCUUAGUCUCACAUCCCUUUUCUUUCGUAUUUCUCCCCACCCCAUUUUUACGCUCAGGUUUUGGCUCUAUUCUUUCACUGUAGAGGUCGGGUUGGUAUAGCAACCAUGAAACGCAUCUUCAAUUCCUUUAGCAGGCGCUCCAGUCCGGUGCGCGACAGCCCCUCGUACCCCGAGGACUCGCCGGAAGGCAUCGUUCAGAGAGAAGUGGCUGCGUUCUGUGAAUCGGGCGGCCCGAACAGCACCCAUGGGAAUGAGUUUGUCCACCUCCCCGGCAUCGUCGAAAGCGCCGAGUCCAGCCCCAACGCAGCUCGAGAAGCGGCCUCGCGCAUUCGCAAAUUGCUGUCCGACCCGAACAGAACCCCGAGCAAUGUGCAGUACAAUGCGAUCAUGCUUAUUCGCAUCCUCAUCGACAACCCGGGACACACAUUCUCGCGCAAUAUCGAUGCGACAUUCGUGACCACGGUGAAGGAUCUGCUUCGUCAAGGGAAAGAUGCGAACGUACACAACUUUUUGCGGGAAACUUUGGAUGCUCUGGAACUGGAGCGGUCAUGGGAUGAGGAUCUCAAGCUGCUUUUGGGGAUGUGGAGCAAAGAGAAGGGCAAGUCGAGCAUCAGGACGGGUGCUACUCCCGGUUGGGCGCAACCCUUGGUGCAGCCAUACCGACAAACCCCGAACUACUUCAAUGCCCCUAACCAGAACGGCUCUUUGCCAUCGCCCGAAGAACUCUCCGCGCGCAUCUCCGAGGCCAAAACGUCUGCGAAGCUACUCAUCCAGUUCGUCCAAUCGACACCCCCGGCGGAGAUGCUCGAGAACGAACUCAUCAAAGAAUUCUCCGACCGAUGUCGCACGGCCUCCCGCGCCGUCCAGAACUACAUCCACUCGACGAACCCUACCCCCGAUGAGGAUACACUGGUCACGUUGAUCGAAACGAAUGAUGAAUUGUCUGUAGCCCUGUCGAAGCACCAGCAUGCGCUGCUCCAGGCGCGCCGGGCCCAGGGGCAAUCGGGCAGUCAGUCACCUGCAUCGUCCAGUCAGGCCUCGGCCUCUGGCUCCGUGCAACCACCACUGCCCCAAGCACCACCGGUCCCGCCCCGGGACACGCAGAGUCUGUCCUCGGGCUCCUCGACGGCCCCGGUGGCCCCGACUCUCCCGCGCUCCUACAGCAACGGGGCCGGGCGGUACGAGUACCGCUCGGAGGACUUCCAAGUGCAGAACCCGUUUGCUGAUAGCAGCGGGACUGCCACUCCCCCGGUGCAUGGGGACAAUCCUCGCGGGGAGGGCUCAUCCGCCGACUGGUGGGCGGAGGGCCAUCAGCAGCAGCGACCGGUGCAGCAUUUCUGAUGGCGUGAGCCCGGGGCACCUUAGAUACCCGACCCGGCCUGUUUGUUUCAUGACGAUUAUUGUUUGACGUAUCGAUACCGUUGUGAUACCUCUACUGCGUAGUUAAUUGGAUAUUUCAUAGCUUGAUGAUUUGCUUGUAUAUACGUUCUUAGUAGGUGCUUGGGUGUGACUGGAUUUAGAGGUUAAGGUCUCUUUCGGUAUAGUCUAGACUCCAUCUAUCUUACGCUGAGCGCAGGGUCAGGAACUGUCUUCUGGUAAGACUAGGUGAAAGAUAUGAUUUGGAAUCUCGUAAUUAUGGAACCUGGAGUACCUAUAGUGCGAUAGAUUUCCUUAUGGCGGCUGACAGGUCAGUAGUGUCUACCUGUACGAAGGUUAUAGAUAGGGGAAAUCAAGGAAGUUUCUGUCGACUAGGG